AUGAAUGUAAAAAAUUAUAUAUUACGUAAACUGGUUGGUGACUCUUCGAAUACAUUGACAGUUGAAUAGGUUUAGAGAAUUCUAGAAUCACAAAAGGAUGAUGAUAGGAUAUUUAGAGCAAUUAUUAAUUCAUCAUUGUCCAAUUAAAAACUACAGGCAGGCAAUUCAGAAUUCCAUAUUAAUACUUCAACAGAUUUUGGUCAUCUAUUGUUGAACUAAUUACAAUCCAGUUUAUAAUCCAUAAAAUCAAAGAAUUAACUUUUAUCCUUCGACUAGUUUCCUAUAGACAUCAAUUAAUUCAACAUUGACAUUUCACAAACUGAUCUAAUGAAAUAAUAACUUUAAUACAUUUAUCGAUUAUUUAAAGCUACUAUUCGGUAAAAUGGUGAUGGUUUAAAAGAAACAUAAAAUUACCUUGCCAAUUUAAAUUAAGCAGAGUAAAUUAUUGAAUCUUAAUAUGCAUAAUAAUGUAUUAUGAAAGCGCCCCAAUACAUUUAAGGAAUAGAUUAAAUUAAUUUAUGGUGUGAAAAAAGCAGUACCUUGUAUUAGACUGUAAUCUCAACUAGAUAGUUAUUGCAAGAAAGUAAGCGCACAUCUUUAAAAAAAUAAUUGUAAAUUGUUGAAAAGUACAAAUCCAUUCAAAGGAUAAAAUAUACUUUGGAAAAGUUAAUGAUCCUAAAAUAGACUUUUGGCUAAUUAGCUUAGGCAAUGAACAAAUAUGAUGAUAAUGCUUAUGAAAUCAUACCAAUAAUGAAGGAAACUCAAAAUAAUAUUAAUAAAUAUAAAUUGAAUGAAUUAAAAUUAGCAUGCAUUAGUGAUAACUUUUUUGAAAAUAAAAUAGAAUCCUUAAAAGAAAGAAUAAAAUCAGGCAUCUUAGCAAAUUUUAUGAAGUUUGAUGAAAAAAAAUACUAUUCCCUUUUGAAAAGCUAUUAUUUUAUUGAAAAACAUUAUUAAAUGUAAUCUUAUGUAACUCAAAUUUGGGGUUUGGCUAAGAAAAGUAUCAGUGUAACCUUUAAAAAUGCUAUAAAAUUGUUUGAAUAAUCUUAUAUUCCACAUAAAAUCUAUCAAAAUUGCUAAGAUGAAGACUUAUUAUAAUUCUAUAAAUUACUGUAUAGUGAAUUGGUAGAACAAAUGCUUAAUUUCCAUUAUUGCAAUAGGUUCCAUCAAGAGAAUGAUUUUAAAAUUGAGGAAGAGGAUGGCAACUCCUAAUUCGAAGAGUAUACAGAAUAAAUUAGACAAUCAUACUUAGAAAUGAGAUAGUUAAUAUGGUCAUAAAUUCAAAAGAAAAUUGUUAAAAUCAUAAAUGCCCAUUUAAUCAAUAUAAAAUCAUUGGUUCUUGAACAGUUAAUCUACUUCUUAGGUUAUAAUUGCUUAUUGAUAAAAAGGGCUGAAGAUUUUAGUCAUUCUGAUUCACAAUAAUUAACUAAAUGCAUCAUUGAUGUCUAUAUGAGUUUUGUUUAGUAGUUCCAUAAAACAAAUCUUAAAUCUAUAAGUACAUAUUUACAAAAUGAAUUGUACUAGAGAUUGCCCUUAACAAAGGAUUCUAAAUUAAUUCAAUAAUUAGAAUAACUCACAAAUUUAAAUCAAGUCAAUACUAAGCUUUUUGAAUACUUAAUUGAAAAAAGGGAGGAGAAUUAUCAUUAAGAAACAAAGAAAACAGUUGACUUCUAAGAUUUGAUUAACAAUGAUAAAGAGAUGUAGUUAUUUUAUUUAUUUGAAUACCAAAAUCCUUUUGUUCUUUAAUAGGAGGAAUUUGAUCUCAUUAUUAAGGCAAUUUGGAUAAAAAAGUAUGCUACUUAAUCCACAGGGGUUUUGAAUUAAAUCGAAUCAGUUUUAUCAUCAUCGAGUAUUAGAAUCUUGGAAUUGCUACCAUAAUAUGCUCUGCUUUCCUUUUAUCAUCCAUCAUGUCAACAACAAAUAAUUGCCAAUUUUCUUUAACUGCUAGAACUCUAUAUGUUUGUUUCAUAUAAUCAAUUGGUAGGGAUAACAUAAUAGAAAUAAAUACUAGAGAAUUUUUCAUAAAUAAUGAAGUUUGAUGAAAGUAAGGAAAUUGAAUUCUUUGUACAAACUUAUGAUUCAUUUAGUGACUGUUUAGUUCUUUAAGAACGAUUUUGCUAUUUCAAAAGAUUUGUCUAAAAGUUUUGUAAGGAAGGAAUAGACUUCAAAGAAAUUGAUAUAUUUGCAUCCAAAGAAAAGAGACAAUUUGUUGACAUUGCGGAAAGAGCUAUAGCAUCAGAAUCCUUAGCGUAUUUACUUUCUUAAACUAAAUCUGUAUUUUCUCUAAUUGGAAUAACAUCAUAAAAUUUUGAUAUUUUUAAAGAAGUCUAUAAUUAGUAUAAGGAGUUCAUUUAUAGAAAUUUUGUGCAAACCUAUAUAAAGAUUGAUGGAAUAGUACAGUAUGUACCAUAAUAAAGGUGGGAUCUUAAGGAUCUACACAAUGAAAAUAAUAAUAUUUAUUUGGACAGGUUGAUACAAUUUAUUCUUGAUUAACGAGAUAGACUAAAAAGUAUAGGAGGCGGUGUUAUACCACCAAAUGCUCAAAAAGAUAUUUUUUCAUUCUUGGCAGAGCAUUGCUUAAAUGUACUUUUGGAGACGUAUGGGAAGAUUAAGAAGUUAAAUUCAAUUGGAAGAGAUUAAAUGGUGUUUGAAUAUACGACUUGCUGUUAAUCUAUAGAAUCAAGUUAAAAGAAUAGUAAAGAGGUUGUGCUUAAUCCGAAGAUUACUUUAAUGCAAUUAGAAUAUUUGAAGGUUUUCAAUUCCUAAUAAUAUGAGGAAAUUGAUCAGUACAUUCAAAAAUCAAAAACUUUGAUCCCUUUAAGACUGCUAUAUAAUUUGAUGAGUUCAAGUUCAAGUUAUAACAAAUUAUCAAAAUAAUAGAAGAAGGACAUAUAAGUCAAAUUCUUUAAAGAUUAUUAUGAUACAUUUAAAUUAUUUUGA